AUGCAGAUAUGGACAUUUUCAACAACCAAACCUUUAACCAACCCUGCAUAUUCCAUCAACUCCUUCUGGCAAUACACCGCACUCUUUGUACAAGUCGUUCUUCAACUCCAGUGGCUUUUGCGUACCCGCCCGCAUCAGGACGUUGAAUUGGUGAAGCAGGAUGCAGGAGUACCAUUAAAAUCUUCAGCACCGACGAUGGAGGUUUAUCACCCGAAUCAAGUCUGGAUCCUCUCAAAUUACAUCCCGUAUUAUCUUUUCAAUAACGCUUGCCUAUGUGUUUGGGCGAUAUCUUAUCCCAAUCAUGUUUCAUUGGCACAAUUGUCCCUCUUUGCUGCAAUUAUUUUACAGCUCCGCGUUAUUCUUUCCAUGUUUGGUAAUGCAAACCGAAGGCCGACCACUACAGCACCUGGUAUGGCCAUCUUAGUCUCGAAGAUAUCUUUGGGCAUGUCUGUCAUGUUGUUCUGGAGAACAUGGAGUCUUGUCGAUUACCCUGCGAUCUCGCCCACGUUUGAACAGCAGGUGCAUUCUGGCAUUGUACUUGUGCUUUUGACCACGGCUUCCGGUCCCGAUCCUACUACCGGCUUAACUUGCAUAUACGUUCUACUUUCUCUUUACUUUGGCGACUACCAGAACCACGUUUGGCACAGCUUCUUCCUCGUCGAAAUCGUCAUUUUAUCCGUUCUUCUCGUCAUAGAUUCUGUUAUAAACAGAUCAGUUUCAAAUACGGACCCGCAAGUUAUCCACAAUCCUCAGUUGUUAGAAACAAAUUUGCAAGUCCCUUUUCACGACACCGAAGAGCGUUUAACACUUUUUUCAUUGCCUGAGACAGCCAAUCCAAGUUCAGACGGAAUUCCUCUGUUGCCGCUGCACACAGAACACAUUACAUUAGAGUCUGAACAGGGACAUUUUUCUUCCCGCUCCUCUAUUAGUUUGUAG